AUGGGACGAGGUUCUCUCAGAAAAAUGAUGGGAGGAGGAGCAACUGCCUCAGACUCAGAUACCGAUACUUUCAACAUUUUUGGCCCCUUCCAUCUUACAUCUAUUGACUGGACCAGUUCGUACUACCGGACCUCAGUAGCAUCAAGUUUGGUAAAUGGGGUGUACACACUGGAAGGGGACAGGCUUGAAAAACGUGUAGGUUCCAAGUCACUAGCCAAGCCUUGGUGGGAGUUUUUCAACUUCACUUUGCUCGAAACCUUGAUGGAUGACGACGGCUCCAUAUACGGUGCCGUUUUCGAAUACAAGCUUUACAACAUUUACCAGAAUACCCCACAUGUGAAAGUUCCACACCAUGUUAUUGCCUUCCGUGGCACGAUGCUAAAAGGAAAGACUUGGAAGUCUGAUAUGAAACUUAACCUCAAAAUAAGCUUCAACAACCUCCAUCAAGGCAGCAGGCCUAUGCAUGCUGUUAUAGCAAUCCGCAAUAUGGUGGAAAAAUAUAACGAGUCAGCUAUAUGGCUUGCUGGACAUUCUUUGGGAGCCGCACUAGUUUUGCUGGCUGGAAAGACCAUGACAAGUGUUGGAUUCCUCCUUGAAAGUUACAUAUUCAAUCCACCCAUCUCGUCUCUUCCUUUAGAGCAGCUACCUGGGGGAGAUAAGAUUAAAAAAGUGUUUCAAAUCGCUAAGAGUGUUGUCAAAGCCACCGUAGCCAUGGCCUUAACCGAUCUAAAGGUUCAAGAUCAAGACGAUCCAAAAACAGCAUUGUGGAUACCUUACUUAUACGUCAACCCAACAGAUUCGAUAUGUGCAGGAUAUAUUGAUUACUUCAGACACAAAAGCUACAUGUCUGAGAUAGGUGCAGGCGAAAUCGAAAGAACCGGUGCAAGAAAAUCAGUUAGGAGUCUAUUGGUCAGAAAAAUUAGAGGAAAAUCAUCAACGUCAGAUUUGUCAACAGAACCUCUUCACCUACUUCCAUCAGCAGAUAUGAUUGUAAACAAUAACAAACCGACUAAGUCUACGACAGCUCAUGGGCUUCACCAAUGGUGGGAGCGAGACUCGACUCUGCUGGCAAAUUGGGAAAGCUGCUGCAUUAGGCCUUACCCUGAAGGCAAGUUGGAGCAACUGAACAUACAAUAA